AUGCCUACGUUUGGAAGAAUCGAGCCCUUCGAAGGAGGGGGAGACGAGUGGCCGUCCUACGUUGAACGACUGCAGGCGUUUUUCGAGGCAAACGACGUUGGAAAUGAUAAGAAAAGGGCAAUUUUCUUCAGCAGCUGUGGUCAGAAAACUUAUUCAUUGCUUCGCGACCUACUCAAGCCGGCAGCGCCACAGGACAAGUCGCUGGACGAGGUACUGGAAGUUCUUGGGAAACACUAUUGUCCGAAGCCAUCCGAGGUUGUCCAGAGGUUUCGCUUCAAUUCACGAGUUCGAACGAAAGGCGAGUCCGUUAGUGACUUUGUUGCGGCAUUGAAGAGCCUUUCCGAACAUCGCAGUUUCGGCAGCGAACUUGAGAACAUGUUGAGAGACCGUGUUGUUUGCGGAAUUGAUAAUCAAGAAAUUCAGACUAGGCUCUUGGAGCAACCCAGCCUCACGUUCAAAAGUGCAGUGCAGACUGCUUUGGCCAUGGAAGCGGCGAAGAGUGACGCCGGAGAAAUUUGUCAAGCGAGUACAAGUAGUUCGUUUCCGACGCAUCGUGUCGUGUCCGUUGGUGAAGUCACCUGUUUUUGUUGUGGUGAUGGACACCUGGCAAAUCAGUGCAAAUACGCUAGUAGCAUUUGCAAUUUCUGUCGCAAACGGGGGCAUCUGGCGCGGGUGUGUCAUUCAAAGCAUAAGAAGAACACUUCUGCCCACAAGCAUUUCCAAGAGCCAGCAGGCCGAAGAUCAUCUCCGAAGGGUCUACGUGUGAAAAAGGUUAAGACUUUUGGUCAACGCCCGUUUCCCGUGAACGCAGUUGGGGAAGAUGAGGAUGUUGAGACAUCGUCGGAAGUGUUUGACAUGUGGCAUCUGUCUGACGACGCGUUGUCGCCACCACCGCCGUUCACCGUUGUGGUCAACGUCUGUGACAAGCCACUGCCUAUGGAAGUGGACACGGGAGCGAGUGUGUCCGUGAUGUCCAAGAAUACCUUCCAGGAACUUUUACCGGAUGUAACUGUCAAUCCGUCGAAAGUUUUGUUGCGGAGUUACACUGGCGAGCUAAGCCAGGUGCAAGGACAAGCCAAUGUUUGUGUACAGUUCCGUGACAAAUCAGCAGUUCUUCCUUUAUUUCUCACCGGGGAUCGUUCUCCUACAUUGCUGGGACGCAAUUGGAUUCAGCAGCUGGGAAUUGGCAUCGCAGAUGUCCAAGUGAACAAGUAUUCGCUUUCUGAUGUGAAGAGUCUCAUCCACGAAUAUUCUGAGGUAUUCAGUAAUGGUCUGGGGCAGUAUAAAGGUCCAGCAGCCACAAUUCAUGUUCUUGAGGGCUCGUUGCCAAAGUUCUUUAAACCACGACCAUUGCCAUUCGCCUUGAAGGAGGGAGUCACCCAAGAACUUCAAAGAUUGCAGCGGGAUGGAGUGCUGGUCCCUGUGAAGUCAUCAGAGUGGGCGGCUCCUAUUGUCCCUGUACCAAAGAAGGAUGGUCGCGUGAGAGUGUGUGGAGACUUUAAAGUUACCGUAAAUCCAGUGACACAACUUGAGAAGUAUCCAAUUCCACGGAUUGAAGACCUGUGGAAUACACUUUCAGGAGGUGAGAAGUUUACCAAGUUGGACUUAAGGGAUGCAUACCAACAAGUGAUCCUUCCCGAGGAGUCCAGGAGGUAUGUUACCAUUUCGACGCAUAUUGGUUUGUUCCAAUACACCAGAUUACCUUUCGGAGUUUCCUCUGCGCCAGCAAUAUUUCAACGUGAAAUGGAGAACUUGUUUCGAGGUCUUCCACAUGUAGCUGUGUACUUUGAUGACAUACUUGUUACGGGACGCAAUGACACUGAGCACAUGAGGAAUCUGCAUUGUGUUCUUGCUCGACUUCGGGAUGUUGGACUAAAGUUGAAAUUCGACAAGUGUCAUUUUUUUGUGCCAGAGGUGAAUUAUCUAGGGCACAUCAUCAGCAAAGAGGGACUGUCUCCAGAUAAGAGCAAGGUGGAAGCCAUUUCCAAGGCACCAGCUCCGCGUGAUGUUAAAGAGCUUCAAAGUUAUCUGGGCCUGAUAAACUUCUAUAGAAGAUUUUUGCCCAACUUGUCGUCUUGCCUUCGCCCAUUGUAUCUACUCCUCACAGCUGGGAAAAGAUGGGAGUGGGGCAGAGCCCAAGAAGAUGCCUUCGAUGAAAGCAAGCGUCUCAUGUUAUCUGCGCCCAUUCUUGCGCAUUUUGAUCUUGCCAAGCCGCUGUACCUUAGCUGUGACGCAUCUCCUUAUGGUGUUGGGGCUGUCAUAUCUCAAAAAGAAGCUGAUGGCAGAGAGCGUCCUAUCGCUUUUGCCUCCCGAAGCUUGUCUGAGGCAGAGCAACGAUACAGUCAGCUUGAUAAGGAGGCACUAGCCUUGGUGUUCGGUACAGAACGUUUUCACCAGUACCUGUGGGGAAUGUUCUUUAGAGCAUAUACUGAUCAUAAGCCACUUUUGGGAUUGUUAGGUGCCAACAAGCCGAUACCAGUUCAAGCAUCUCCUCGGCUCGUGAGGUGGGCACUCAAACUUUCCACAUAUCAAUACGAACUUUUGUAUAAACCUGGAAGGGAUCUUCUUCAUGCUGACGCAUUGAGUAGACUGCCACUUCCUGCUUGUCAGGAACAGUCAACUGUUCCAGCUGAAGUCUUCAUGCUUGAGCAAGCCUAUUCACACCUUCUGACGCCAACCAUUGUAGCUCGGGCCACGAAGAAUGAUCCUGUGCUUAGUCAAGUCUUCCUUGCUCUCUCAAGAGGUGAAGUUAUUUCACUGGGACCUGAGGGGUAUCCCUACAGUGCAAGAAGUGCUGAGUUGAGUCUUCAUGAAGGUUGUGUGCUUUGGGGAGCAAGAGCAGUUAUUCCUAAGGCAUUGCAGUCCAGAGUGCUCAAGAUGCUGCAUGCCGGACAGCCAGGCAUUGAGAAGAGCAAGAAGAUCGCCAGGAGCCAUGUUUGGUGGCCAGGGAUCGACAAUGACAUCAUGGGUAAUGUCAAGGCUUGUUCUAUUUGUCAAUCUCUGCAAAGGACACCAAGACCUGCUCAGCAGACACCAUGGCCAUUCCCUCAAAGGCCUUGGUCAAGGCUCCAUGUCGAUUUUGGUGGACCGUUUUUGGGUCAUACGUUUUUAGUCAUUGUUGAUGCAUACUCAAAGUGGGUCGAGGUGUUCCCCGUCAAGUCUACAUCUGCAGAAUCCACCAUUGAUGUCUUACGGUUGGUUUUUGCACAGCACGGACUCCCGGAUUUGAUUGUGUCUGACAAUGGACCUGCGUUCGCUAGUGCGCAGUAUUUAGACUUUUUAACACGUAACGGCAUUCGUAGAAUGUUAGUACCCCCCUAUCACCCAGCAUCAAAUGGUGCUGCUGAGCGUGUAGUGCAAACUGUUAAAAACAAAUUGAAGAAAAGUGCACCAGGGUGUUUCAAGACUCAAAUCGCCAGGUUUCUGUUUCAAUAUAGAACAACACCACAUGAAGUUACAGGGAGGGCACCGUGUGAGUUGCUCACUGGUAGAAUGUUUAAGACUCCAUUGGAUGUGCUGCGGCCAAGUCUUCAUUCUUCAGUACACUUCAAGCAACUAAAGCAGAAGCUGCACGCCGAUGAGGGUUGCCGUCGUGGUCCACCUUUUGAAGCUAGUGACGACGUGUUUGCCAGGGAUUUCCGUCGGGGAGCAGCAUGGGUUCCUGCUCGUGUUGUCGGAACCUUGAGCAAUUCUUCAGCGGCUGUCACUGUUGAAGAUGGCUCCACGUGGCAUCGACACAAUGACCAUCUAAGGCCGAGGGUUCCUGCUAUGGGAGAGGUUGUACCACCACGAGUUGAGCCUCAGCCAGCUGUUGUAGCAGAGACACCUGUCAACGAGGGAACCACAGCAGCGGAUGUGGGUCAGUCUUUUGCCCAGCAGUUAGAUCGCCCCGCAGGAGGUAACUGUACCGUGGACAGUUCGGUUGAGAGCAAAACCCCACUGCGGCGUAGCAAAAGAACUGUGAAGCCUGUGCAAAGGUACUCUCCGCAGUGA